AUGUGUAUUGCCAAUCGCGACAACGCUACUGAGAAAGACGGCAACCCGAUUAUAUGGAGAAAGUCGAGUAUCGUCGAAGUGGGGUACUGCCGCCAAAAAUCAACAGCAUCGAUAGCACGCCAUUACAAACCGCGUCUGUCCCUACAGGACAUAUCUCCUCACGACCGCCAUCAGGACCGCCGUUUCUACCGUCUCCGUAGUCACUUCAGUCGCCGGCCAAUUUACCAUUGCCACUUUUACACUCGCGUCAACUUCAGCUGCCGGUGUUCAAUCAUCCAUCUGAGGAGUUCCUGGAUUGCCGAUUCGGAAUCUGUGGUCACGAAAGUUGAGGACGAAGGUGAUUUCCAUGCGGAUGCCCGGCUAACACUCAAACCGCAACAGACUUUUCGCGCUAUUGGUGGACUUGUGGAAGUUGCACUCGCUACUCCAAUAUCACGACUUGUCCAGAUAAACACACCUGAGGAUUAUGUAGACGACGGUCCCAGCUUGCAAACACUUCAUUUCCUUGCUAUCUUGAAGAACGAGACCUCCAACCAACAUUUUUUGUGA